GGUUAGAACUAAUUAGAUUUGAAGAGUCUGUCACCGUUUUCGAAUAACAAAUUAAAAGUUUUUUACGUCGGGAAGAAUAUGAGAUGAAUAAUUUCAUCUACAUUUCUGUUUAUUCAACUAAUUAAAAAUAUGUGAAUUGAAAAUAUUAAUUCAACUGAAUUUUUUCAUUGAAAAGGCAGUUUCUAAAAUAAAAACAUGGAUAUCAAUAUAGAAACUGCAGUAAGAAUUUGCCCAAUAAGUUGUCGGAAUAGUGAAGAUAAUGGCAUAAAUAGGAUGAUAGGAUUGCAUACAAAUGGGACUAACUCUAUUCAGUUGGCAAAUACUCAAAGGUUUCCAGUAAAUUAUGCCUUUCCACCUCAUACUAGCCAAGCUGUUUUGUACAAUACAAUUGUAACACCUUCAAUGAAUUUCUUCAUAGAAGGUUGUGAUAUAUCGGUAGUGGCGGUUGGACAAAGUGGUACUGGCAAAACUUAUUCAUUAUUUGGACCGGGAUUUCAUUUUGCUGCAAGUGAAGCUGAACAUGGGAUUAUACCAAGAUUUAUUAGAGACUUAUUUUCUAAGAUCAAACAGUAUCGAGAUAAAACUUUCACAAUAACUAUUGGUUGGUCCCAAAUAUGUGGUGAAACAGUUCAAGAUUUACUCGGUUCAGGCUUAGUGGAAUGUACUGAUAUACUUGAAGCUUUCCAUUUAAUUCAAUUAGGUAUGUCAAAUACAGGACCAAAAUUUGCACACACCUUAUUCACAAUCACAUUAUAUCAAGAAUGGACAAUAGAAUCUACUGUUCAACACCGAAUUUCAACAGCCAGUUUUACAGAUUUGGGAAGUAGUGAAAAAGUUUUGAUCUAUGAUAACAAUGGACUUGUUCAGUCUGUACCAACUGAUCCAGGACUUAUGGCCUUACAACAAUGUAUCAAUGCACUUUCUGAACCCCAUUAUUCAAAUUUCAAUAUCAAUAAUAUUCCUUAUGAUCAAUCUGUGUUAACAAAAUUAUUGAAAGAUUCUUUUGGUGGUCGCUCUAAAACAGUAUUAUUAUGUACUGUAUCUCCUUUUAUAGAAGAUUUUGCAGAAUCUUUAUAUACUUUACAGUUGGCACUAAGGUCACAGGCUAUUAAGAAUUUUGUCACUGUUAAUUCAUAUACAAUGUACCAAAAUAUUGAAGAGAAUUCAGAUGUUUUCAGUCUUCAAUUUGCAGCCAAUCAAUUACUUAAAUUAGUUAAAAAUGCAGAGGAUUUGUUCCAAAAGGUAUUAACAAAUUCAGCAUUACCCAAAAGUUUGUUAGAACAGAUAUCCCAUUGGUUAACUUUCAAACAAGAAUGCGAGGAAUGCUUAAAUGACAACUGUGAGCCUCAUAGAUCAUUAGAUAUAAUUGAAGAGGAAGAAGCUGAGGAUUACAUGAGCUGUAAUACAAUACAUAGUAGUGAUAGUGAAGGAAUAGAUGAAGAACAGGAAGAUAAUUCAGAAAAGAUCAUGGAAAAUUUUGAGGAUUUGUUGAAAAAUUUCUCCUCCCUAACUGAUGAACUUGUUAGUAACUAUUAUCGUGAUUAUUUUGAUGUAAAUGUCAGUGGUAAAGAAAGUUCCUGCAUUUCCAGUACGGAAAAUCAUAUAAAGGGAGCUAGAGGUCGUCGAGUUAGCAUACAUUCAUUUGCAGAAUUGAAAAAUUCAGUUUCUAUCAACAACAACAAAAUAUGUGAAGAACUGGAAGUUCAUACUGAUGAUAAAAUAGGUGAAACUGAUAAUAUGACUUAUGAAAUGAAGAAAAAACUUUUGAAAAAAAUUGUAACAGCUAUUCAAGGUUACCAAAAACAAAUUGAAGAUUUACAGAAAACAAUUCAGGUUAAAGAAAAAUUGAUGCAACAAUUGAUCAAGAAUAAAAAUAUAAAAAAUAAUGCUAGGAUGAAACUAGAACAGAAAUGUCAGAAAUUGCUGAAAGAAUAUGAUAAGAUGAUGGCUGCUCUUACUCAAGCUGAAAUUAAUAAAGACUCUGACUCUGAGAAAAAAUAUCAGUUAAAAUUAACAGAACUCAAGAAAAAAAUCAAAGAUGCGGAAUCUUUGAAAAAUUUGACAGAGGAGAGUAAUAAAAAACUUCAAGAAGUUGAAAAUAGUGUUCAUACAUCCAAAAAACAGUUGGAGAAAUUGAAAAAAUGUAAAAGGAAAGAAGAAAAAAGGAGAAUAAUGUAUGAAACUCAACUUAAAGAAGACAAAAAAAAAAUUGAAACUAGUCAAGACAGUUUGGAAAAACAAAAAAAUAGUGUUGAAACUAAAAAUUCCAAUGAAAAUAAGCAGUUGGUGGUUAUGACUCAUCCCGCAGUAUUAAAUUUGCCUUUCGAGAAUAGAGAUUCUCUUCGUCAUGAAAUAAGGAAUCUAAGGAAGACCCGUGAUUAUUUACUUGAACAGAAAUAUAUGAUUGACACCAAAUUAUCAAAUAAUAAAAUAUUGAAUGAAUAUGAAGAAAGAAAAUUGCUUCAAUAUGAAGAAGCUAUUGAAGCAAUAGAUUUGGCAAUGGAAUUCAAAAAUGAAAUUCUGUGUGGACAUUAUCCAAUUGUGGCAAAAUCUUUAGAGCUUAUUGAUGAUCAUGGUGACAAAAUGUUAAUGGAUAGGCUAAUGAAACUGAAUGAAGCAGAAAUGAGGAUCCUAUUAUAUAAUUAUUUCCAAAAAAUUGUAGAUCUAAGGAACAGCACAAAAAAGUUGGAGCUUGAAGUAAUUGAUAUAGAAAAUCAAAAUGAAAAUUUGAGUUGUCGUGUUCAAAAUUUGAGUUAUAACCUGCAACAAGUUCGAUUGGAGUCGGAGAGGCGAAUUAUAGCUUUACAACAUCAACACGAGAAUAAAUUACAAUUAGUUAUGAAACAUCUUGCUAAUGAUAAUGGUGAUGAUAGAGUUGUUUCAAGGGUUUCCAAGCAUGCCUUAGCAUUCCAAAUGGCAGGUACUAGCAAGCAAGGAGAUAAAAGUCUGAUUGCAAGGUUCACAAGAUAUGCCAGACAAGAAACAGUACCAAAGCAACUUCAAGCAACAGUAUCAGUUCCUCAAGCAAUUGUAACAAGGCAGAAGAACAAACUAUUCAUACAGCAAACCCAAAAGUAAGAAUAUCAAUAUCAUAAAAAGUUAAGAAACUCAUAGUUUUUUAUUGUUACAAGUGAUUAAUUAGGUAUUGAUAUUUCUCAUAAAUAUUAUGUAUGAAAUGGCUAAUACUCUCAAGGGAAAACUAAUUUUAAAGAUAAUACGUUCUGGUUGCAUUCUCUAAACUGUUGUCAAAGGAAAAUAUUUAAAAAACCUAUGUAUGAACUUCCCCUCAUAGCUCGAAAAUUGUCAUAUGAAUCAUACCUAUUGUUGCAAUUUUUUUACGAAAUGUAUUAUAUGUAUUUUUGAAAACAUAAUGGAAGUUUUGAUUUUGAACAAAAAUUUCUUGGAGGACUUGUCCUGAUUGGAGGUGAUAUUUGAAAAAAACGAUUGAAUUUGAAUAGAUUGUAUACAUUUUUAGAUUACCUCCAUAUCUUUUUUUUGUGGGAUAUUUUAUGGAUAUCUCAAUAAUUUAUAGUUAUCUGAAAAUUAAUACAAUAUUUAUUGUUUUAUCGCAGAUUCUCUAUACAUAAUUACUUGUAAAUAUGUAAUACAUAAAUUAUAUUUGAAAUAUUGAAUAUUUAAUCAGCAUCAUCAAUAAUUCAAUUAUAUAUGCCUAUGCCAUUGAAUUUUGUAAGAAUUGUACAUAUAAUCAUUUUCCAUAGAGGUUUCAUUAUUGUAUUUAAAUUUUCUGAUUUUUUAUAUUAGGGACCAAAGGUGGAGAAUUUGGCAAUAAUUGUAGAAGUGUCUUACUAUAAAAUGCAUAUUUUAUUUGCUAUUCAAUAUAUUCAGUGCUACUCAGUACUUCCAAAGUAUUUGACAUAAUAUAUACAUAUUUAUUAUUCAAGUAUGUACAUUGAAGGAAAUUUCAUGCACGAGCAAUUUUUAUAAAUUUGAUGUUUCAAUGGCCAAUAUUUUCACUUUUUAUACUUUCAUAAACUAAUCAGCUUAUAGUUCUUACAAUAUACCAGUUAAUUAAAGAAACAUCAGUUCCAAUAUUUUUGAAAAACUUUAGCGGUCCUUAUCAAAUUUAUUAAUGAUGUUAAUUUUAUAUAGUUUUUUUAAUUUUGUAAUUAUGUAAAUAAAAAUUUUGUAUUUAUUUAUCUGAACUUUUCGUUACUUUUGUAUUUGGUUGAAUU